GGUGGUGUUGUGCGGCGAGAUUGACGCAGCCGGGGCCGGUGAGUAUGAAGCGCUGACAGGACGCUGGUGGAGAGCAGCCUUCGGCACAGAGCUCAGUGAAGUGUGUCUGCAGCAGCGAGCAUAACACUGGAUUACCAUCACACAGAGGGCUCUCCAGAAGGGGGCAGCAUAAGACCAAGUGUGUCUCCCAUCCCAUCAGGUCCUCGAACAGUCUGCGCUGUCAGGAUCACGCCUCUAACAACCAUGAAAGGCUCUCCGGACCUGAUUCCCUCCACAGAUUUGGACCCCAGCAGAGUGUGCAAAGGGAAAGGAGUCGUGACUCUACGGGCCACCCUCGUCCACAUAGAUGAUGAGGGCUGCAUCGGCGACGAGCCAAAUGUCAUCCCAACGCCUAGUGGCUGGACAAACCAGAUUAAUGGAGACAGCUCCAAAGCAGGAUUGGCUGAGGGAGGCACCAACAUCGCAGCUGAUUUACCUCCUGUAAACAACACUCAGUGCCAGGCCAACUCGCCCGAAUGCGUCAAAGAAAAUCAGGCUCCAUCCUACACUGACAUUCAGCACUGUAUCACAUCAACUUCCAGCUCUGUUUAUCCCUGCACUAGCACAGUUAACCCCACCAUAGUCCUGCUGCAGCACAACAGAGAGCAGCAAAAGCAUCUUUCUCAUUUCGAAGACCCAACCCCAGAAAGGGACAAAAGCCCUGAUCCAGGGAGAGACUCAGUCAGUCCAGUCCCUGAUAUGGACUGGAAGAGGCUGCGGUUAUCACUGCACUCCCCUGUCCUCAGUCCUCUCAACAAGCCAAUUGUGCCUGUACGGAACACUGAAAAGUCCAAAGACUGGUACAAGACUAUGUUCAAACAGAUACACAGAAUACCUGAGCCUAUUGAGGAAAACCCUUACCGCCCCACCUACAUUUUCCCUGAGAGCUAUGACAAUCAGAUGAAAUCAAAAGAUGAUGGUCACACCCCCUUUGGUUACUUGCAAGAUGUGAAAGCAGUCCCACGCUCAAAAAGUGACGCGGAGGUCGAUUCAAGAGGCCGGUCGAUGCCUGUGCCAACACGGUCCUCUUCCCUCAAACCCUCUGCCAAAAGGAAUGAGUGGGAGCCCCCGGAUAAAAAGGUAGACACCAGGAAGUAUCGCGCCGAGCCCAAGAGCAUCUUUGAGUACGAGCCGGGGAAAUCGUCGGUGCUGAAGCUGGAGAGAACGACUCAGGAUGUAAGUCCAGAAGAUGUAGAUUUAGAGAAUGAGCCUUGGUAUAAAUUCUUUUCAGAGAUGGAGUUUGACAAAGCGAGUGCCCCCUCUUUCAGCCCCCUGGAAACAGCCUCCGACCUGCAGCAGUACUCCUCGAGCAAGUCUGGACACAGCGAGGUGGAGAAGGACAGUGGAUCAUCCACAGGCGAGCCCGUGGCUCCAGAAUGCGACCGCCAUGUUUACAAGAGUGUCCUGGAGGGCGGCGACAUUCCCUUACAAGGUCUACGGGCCCUAAACAAGCGCCAAGCCAGCUCCUCUUCCUCUAAAGUGGAUUAUAAAGGUGGGAAUGGCUAUAUAAUUUCACCCUGCUCCUCUGUAAAUAGUCGAUUGGUUCUUGCCAGUAAUGCAAUAGGUAACCAGUGUAAGAGUAUGAAGCCUCUUUCCGCUGCCAAAGCCUGCAUACCGCAAAUCCUGCCCUCUAAGUUCAAACCCAAGCUGCUGCCGCCCAGUGGUGAUAGUCAGGAAAGCAGGACUAAAGCUGUCAGGCACCCGAAGGCCCACAGCUGUGAGGAUCUGUACACGGGGCCAUGUGACACGGACUUUGCUGAAGCAGAGGAGAGGGAGAGUGGGCAACAUUCAGGCUCCAAGUCCAGCUGUGGCACAGAGUGUGCAGACGGCCUCAGGAAUGUUUCCCCUGCAAUUAGGAGGAGCGCAUCUGAGUUUUCCAGCCUGUACAGGACCAUGCAUCACAUCCAGCGGCCCAGCUCGGUCGGCUGCAGCCCCCAUGGCAGCGUCCGCAGCUUGGCCUCUCUUUUUGAGAAAGCAAAGGCCGACGAGGGUGAAAGGUCAGAGGAAGAUGGCGGGGGUAACAUUCCACGGGAGGCAGUGUCGUCACGGGUCAGCGAGUUUGAAAUGAUCAUCCAGCGGUCCAGUUCGACUCCCAGCCGCUCCUCUUCCCUGCCCACCCUGCACUCCAGCCAUAGCCACAGCCCCAACCACAGCCCCGCCCACCUCUACAUGGCGUCUGCAGUGUCAGCUGAGUCCCUUUUGGUAGCCGACGCCACCCAGACAGAUGCCUGCUCCCCAGUGGAAGCAGAGGGCAAGAGCUGUGGGGAGGAGGCCUUGUCACCAGAAUGUGGGACUGUGGAGGAGUCGGCCUCCUCCUCAGAGGACGGACACAAUGUCAGGACUGAGUCCCCCUGUAACACUGAGGCAGAGGUUGAGCAGAUCCUCAGUAAAAAUACCCCAGAACUGAUCCAGCAAACUGUCAGUGAAUCAAAGAGUCCCUCGGCGCAGUUUACAGCAUCCCCUCCGCAACACAACCAUAUCCACCACCACCACCACCUCUUGCACCACCUGAACCAUCAACUCCUGCUCAAACCCAGCAAAUGCAAAGGCUCCUGUCCAGCCUCCUACACCCGCUUCACCACCAUCCUCAGGCACGAAAGGCAGCAGGCCACGACCGCACAGGAGAGGCCACCACCUGUGGAGAAGAAGACUACGCUGCCUGGGAACCUCUUCCUCAUGGGCCCUGCUCCUUUCAGGUUACGGAAGAACCAGCAGUCCCACCUAACCCGUAGGACUCUGUUAGCCACCAAGGUGACAAUGGGCACCCAGAGGCCCUGCACUUUGUCACCUGAGGUCAGACCUCUGAUCCCUCAGCGCCUGUCCUCGCUGGAGGUCCUGGAGAGGCUGAGUAACGGGGAGGAUAGCAACACUGACCACCUGAGUAACGGGCAGGGCUUGGAUGCCAACGGGAACCUACUGCAGCCGCUGGCCGCUCACCGCAGAGAAACAUCCCCAGUUCACGGGGAGAGCCAGGAUGACGUGUUGCGGAGGCGCCAUGGGGACAAAGAGAAAAUCUUGGAGGAGCAGCGGCGGCUGAAGCGGGAACAGGAAGAGGCUGACACAGCAUCGAGGCGACACACAGGCAUUGUGCCGACGCACCACCAGUUCAUCACCAACGAGCGCUUCGGAGACCUGCUCAACAUCACAGAUAACACAGAAAAGAGGAAAUCAGGCAUAGAGAGAACUCCAGCUAUGGCUCGCUUCGACUUCAGAGCGGAAACUCUAAAGGAAUUACCGUUUCAGAAGGGAGACAUUGUCUACAUCAUUCGACAAGUGGAUCAAAACUGGUAUGAAGGGGAACAUCAUGGAAGAGUUGGCAUUUUCCCUCAAAGUUACGUGGAGCUCCUUCCCCCCACAGAGAAAGCCCAGCCAAAAAAAAGUGUCCCAGUGCAGGUACUGGAGUAUGGAGAAGCUGUCGCCCGCUUUAACUUCAAUGGGGACACACUGGUGGAAAUGUCCUUCAGAAAGGGAGAGAGGAUCACGCUGAUUCGCAGAGUUGAUGAGAACUGGUAUGAAGGCAAAAUCUCAGGCACCAACCGCCAGGGCAUCUUCCCUGUCACCUACGUAGAAGUGCAGAGACGACCCCGCGUCAAAAACGGGGUGGAGUACCCCGACCCUCCUGUCAGCCAGUCGCCCCAGCGCAGCACCAAUGCUUCUCCUCAGCUGUAUCGUAAUCGCCUGACCACCUCCCCCUUGCCCCUUCCUCGCUCCCCCCGCCGCUCUGUGUCCCCCGAGGUCCACGCCAUCUCCUCUGAGUGGAUCUCCCUGACUGUGGGAGGGGGGAGCCCUCCUGCCGCCCCCACCCCUCCCCUGCCGCCGCUGCCCACCGUGUCCUACCGCUGCGGCGAGUACCUGCCCCCGCCCUUCUCUGUCAGCCCCGUGCCUCCCAUCACCGGCAGCCCAUACUGCGUCUCCCCCAUGGCUUCCCCAGCUGCUUCUCCUCUGCCCCCUCCUUACCCGCCCAGACCCAACUCAACCACUCCCUUCCUCACGUUCACCCCACCUCAGGGGGAGGACUUCCUGCUCUCCCCUCCCUCCCAACGUCUGUCACGCAGUGUGAGCCCCUGUGGCGGGCCUGUGCUGGAGGGCUGGCUGAGGGGGGAGAAGGAAUUGACAGAGGGGGAAGGCACAGAGGGGGACAGGGGCCGCGCAGCCCCGGGCAGCAGGCGAAAUAGCCCUGCAGAGUUUGUGAAGAAUGAAGCUGACCAUUAUGGACGGAGCUCCAGAAGCCCCGUGAUGCUGUAUGACAUCCAAGACAACAACAAUGUUAACUCAUUUGCGGAAGCAGUGUGUAAUGAGAUCUUGAAUAUAGCUGAGACCUCGGUGAGGUACUGCAGCACCCUGUCCCACCACCCUCAUGACUCUGUCCAUAGACUGCACCCCCACCCCAGUAAACAAUCUCUCAUCAUUUCCCAGCAACCCCAGUCCCACAGCAGUAGCCCGGAGCCGAGCCGUCUCAUCUGUGGAAUCUUCCAGGCUCUGUACAGUUACGUGCCGCAGAACGAGGAUGAGCUGGAGCUGCAGGAGGGAGAUCUUGUCAGCGUCAUGGAGAAGUGCGAUGACGGCUGGUUUGUCGGUACCUCAAAGAGGACAAAACAGUUUGGGACUUUCCCUGGGAAUUACGUGAAGGAGGUGAAACUGUAAAGAUAUCUAAUCUGGCUGUAACACAUGGUUGCCUGUCAAGCUUGGGAAGUCAUUACUAUCGCGCAUGGCUGUUGGUUAGCAUAGUCAUUUAGCCAGGCAAAUCCAUUUUGUCUGGGAAAGUGAUCGUUCGUCCUGAGGUAUGUCAAACUGCAUGUGGCGGAGAUGGAGACAGCUCACUGCCCAAACCUCAGUAUGGUGUCCACCUUGACCAUAUUCUACACACUUUUUGACAGAAUUCGUCCAUCUUCACAUGUGGAAUUUCUCUGUGAAAGUCUACCACUAACUAGCUUUUAUUGUACAGAUAAUAGCUUAAUUUUGUCAAUGUAAUUUACAGUACACAAGUGUUUACGUAGCACCUCAGUCUGGAGGCCGGCAGCAGAGCAGUGUAUGGAUCGAAGAGUGGAUUUUAUUACCUGAACUGGAUUUUGACGGGAUUCAGAAUGUAUUUUUAUGUGAUGUGGGGUUCGAGCUGUUUGUCACGAGCUAUCUUUCAGGACCAGAGGUGAUUAUCACGAUUAUCUAAGUAUGAUGCAAAGCAUGCUUCUCAUGAUUCAAAGACAUUUUCAGUCCCUUAGACGUUGCUUCUAAAAGAAAACCUUCAGGUGUUUGGAUCAACAUACCACACAUGUAUGAAAUGUGGUGGUUCAUUCUUGGACUCCGUCCAACAGACAAUUUUCCUCAGUUUAGAGUUGGGAAAAUGAGCCUUAUAUGAAGCUCUUUUACAAACAGGUCUAACAUACCUGUUUUAUUUUCUGUUACUUUGUCUGAAUCAUCAUAAAAAUCAGUAUUGGCUACUUUUGAAGAACAUGACAGCAUUCAACUCAGUGUAACCCAAAAGAUUUAGAUACCGGUUCAGUAUUGCCUUCAUUUUAAAUCCAGAGGUUGUGAUUACACAGUCAUGUGCAUGACGCUAAACACUAAAAUGUGUGCUGUUAGCUUCCCUUUUUCUCACCUACCACAUGUAAACACAUAGAGGGCACAUGGACUGUGUUGCAUGUCUGAUAAAAGUGAGGAGAAACUGUGUAUAUGCACAUUCUAUAUUUUCAGAAACCAUUUGUAUGUCCUUUUUAGACAUCUUCUGUCAAAGUAAAAGUAAACUUUGUUUGCUGAUGGAUGUAAGGUAGCUGGUGGUAGACGCCUGGCUCCAGCGCAACCACAGGACAGGCGUGGUAGCACUUAACUUCCUGUUUGGACUUUUAGGGAGAUCCCACCUAACAAGAUAAUAGUAAAUUAAUCAGUGAUGACACAAAAAGCUAUUUAAUAUUUUAAGUAAAGCCAACAAGGUGUCUUAGGAAAUAUUAAUACUGAUUUUUAAGAGCAUAUUGAGAUUUUAACCCUGCCCUUACUGACAGGAUUGUAUGUUUUAGCCAUGUAAAUGUGUACAGAAAACAUUAAGAGGCCUUCCAAAAUAUGGCUACAUAUUUUCAUAUGUAAUGAUGACAACUUAGGUAAUACAGUUAGUGGAGUGAUUGAAAUAAUAAGGUCAGCAUUAGUACUGCAUGCAAUGUAAAAGAAGAGACUGACAAAUCAAAUCAGAGCAUGAAACACUAAACACACGCCUCAAUAUUUACCACCUAUAGCUUAAAGAAAACACAAGUGAUGACAGGGUUACCAGUCUGCUGAUGGAAGAUGGCUGUGAAUUCUGCUAUCAACGCAGCUGUUGUCCUGCGAGUACAGAGUUUCCACAUCUCCAGCAGAUCCAACGCCGCAUGUCAGUAUAGAUCCUCAACAUGCACAGAUUGGAAGAUGAUAGCUAUUAUUUUUCUUUGCUUGUGUUUUCAUCAAAUUCCUCGUUGUCAUCAACUGCUGCACUGUGCUCACCAGUCCUUAGCAUAGCUGUCAAAUCAAAAUAGCAAAUAAUUCUUAGUGCUUGUUAUGGCCUGCUCGGACUAGCAGAUGGAUGCAGUUUGUAGGGCAACCGCUAAAGAAGUAUUUUAAAGUCAGUUUAGUUUUGCCAGGAGGAUUGACGUGGCGAGCUAUCUGAUGCCCCAAGAAGCUGGAAGCCUUUUCCCAAUCCCCACAUAUCUUAUCAAAUGGUGCCAGACUAUCAGUGGACCUGCCUUUUAGUUAACUCUUUAUGAUUGUGCAAAAAAAAAUCUGAAACAUAAUGUGAAGUAUUAGAAGAUAAAACAGUAACUCUCACUAGAUCUAAAAGAGUGUGUUUACUGUAUAUUUGUUUGUUUUUGCAUCUGAGUUUGUUAGCUACAGUUGUGCAAUGAUGAUAAACAUUGACCUAAUGAUUUGAAGCUGUAUGUGGCUACCACAUAAAUGUUAUAUGAAGUUUUAAUCAUUGAUGAAGUACAAUUAUUUACCAAAAUUCAGUAGCAAUCAGUGUCAUUGUCUCUGACGUUUGCUGUUGGAACAAAAUCAGGUGUGUCUUCUCGUGCAGAUCGCCACUGACAGUUUUGCCAACAUCAGCAAGGGAAUGUUUUCUCAAUACAAUACACUGCAUUAUGGGUUUGCCUGUAUAGCACUGAUAUAAUCUUCAGGUAUUUUGUUACACCACAGAAGCAUGUUUUUCUCUCCACUGCUGGCUAAACAUUUUUUUUCCUGUGUAACUCCAGCUCCCCACGACUGUGCUGAUAGGUUUGGGAGUCUGUUGACCUGUAGGAUUGUUUUCUUCCCUGACCGAACAAAAGGAGAGAGCUUCGCUCCGUCUCAAACACACAUGAUGGACAAAUAAACAAUCACUCAUUUAGUCAUAACAACUCACUCUAGAUUUUUAUUGUGGUCCAUAAAACAUCACAGAAUGUAUGAAUGUAUGAAUGUGGCGCGAUGCACACAUAAUAUGUAAAAAUAAAUAAAAUAAUUUUCAUCUUGAAUGAACAUGCAGACUAUUGAGCAGCAUGGCACAAGAAGGGUUGUAAAUAUGUAAAAUAAAAAAUAGACUGCGAGCGAUGGGAGCAUCAGAUUGAGCCCUCCGUCACUUGCAGUGGUUUAUUUACCUGAAGGAUUUUUGGCAAAGCACAGAGUGGAGCAUUACCGAGCACAGGAAGUUUGACGCAUAUGAACAUUACGCUGCCAUUUGUGAGGAUCAUAAUGCCUUAUGUUAGAUGCAAAAUUGUGCCUCAUUUUCAUGUAAUUUUUUGGGGGGGGAGUUUCACUGAAAUGUAUCCAUAUUUAAUGUAAACAUGGUUUUCCCCAUUAGUCCUAGUCUCUGUGAUGGGAGAACAUUUUCUAAGAACUUGUCAGUUACUGUGCAAGUACCUUAAAGUGUGACACGAUGCUUUAACUUAAUGAUUAUUAAUCAUAAGAAUGGACUAGUUUGAUGAGACACACAACCUGCAACAGGUUCGGUUUGUUUGCUUCAAUUUGCAGUGCUGUUACAUUGACAAUAUUAAAAAUAAAGAUACUAUACACUGCUGUGACUUCGGUAUUAUGCAAUAUUUAAUAAACCAUUUAAACCAUU